GCCAGUCAAUUUGCGUUCGUCAGCAAAGGAUAUGUCACUUCUAAUUUGUCCCUGUGGGUCGCAGAAGCCGUGGCUACCAUAUCGAGAGCUUCUUGAGCGCAACCAUGUUGUUCGGAUGGCUCCGAGCUCUUCCAUGGAAGCGGUGCUCGACGGCGGCUGUUGCCGCAACUGCUUCUCGCCGACUGAAUGCCAUCACAACGACCAACGUGGCAGCUACAAUUAGCUCCACCUUGGCUACAGCUGCUGGCUGCAACAACGACGCCACGUCCACACGGGAUCUGUUCGAGUCCAUUUCGAGGCUGGAACUUCGAAGCAUGCUGAAUCGACUUGAACACAAUUGGAGUGUGUACCACCAACAGAAGAACCUUCCCAUGCAACCACAACGCUUGUCCGCGACGUAUUCGACCGACUCCGAGUGUGCUUCUUACGUACACGAGGAGUUUGACAGCUUGGACCAAGAACAGUCGGUCGCUAGUGAAUGGGUGUAACGUUUGUUGUAGAUUUGGUAGUUUGUGCUAGUAUUACUACUAGUAGUACUCGUUAGUGUACACACUUGUCAAAAUGUACUACGUAGUACUGUACUAUUAAUAGUAUACUAUAACUUGACUGACUUCUGAAAGUAAGCAUAAAACUUACUACUACGUAGUACUCCGAGUAGUAUUUAUAACUACUACUCCGUCUGUUCCUUAUUACUGAAGCGAAUCAGAAUUCGGGCGUACACUUCCUCAA